CUCGCGCAUGCGCCCUGGCACACUGUUGGUAUCAGGAACAUGGCAGCGUCCUGAGUCCAGGAGGGAAGACGGCGUAAUUGAACACCUUCAGCAUCGGCUUUGGAAAACUGAACGGCACCAGCCACACUCGGAGGAGGGCGGGGGCUGGGUGGACGGACACACAAACUCUAUUUUGUCUUUCAAGAAGAUGAACGUCAUCAAGGAAAACAGAGACCUGGCUUGCUUCUAUACGACCAAGCACUCGUGGAGAGGAAAGUACAAGCGGGUGUUCUCUGUGGGCACCCACGGCAUCACCACCUACAACCCCACCACGCUAGAAGUCACCAACCAGUGGCCGUAUGGCGACAUCUGUGGCAUCGGGCCGGUGGGCAAGGGCCAGGGCACCGAGUUCAACCUCACGUUCCGCAAGGGCAGCGGCAAGAAGUCGGAGACCCUCAAGUUCUCCACGGAACACCGCAUGGAGCUGCUCACGGAGGCGCUGCGAUUCAGAACAGAUUUCUCGGAGGGGAAGAUAACAGGCAGGCGCUACAACUGCUACAAGCAGCACUGGAGCGACACGCGGCGGGCCGUGAGCCUGGAGGUGACGCCGGGGGGCAUCGACCAGAUAGACCCCCAGACCAACCGCGUGCUGUGCUCCUACGACUACCGCUCCAUCGAGGGCUUCGCCGAGCUCUCCGACUACCAGGGGGGCUUCUGCAUCCUGCAUGGCGGCUUCAACCGGCUGCAUCUGUUUGCCUCGGAGCACCGCGACGACAUCAUCCGCUGCGCCAUAGAGCAUGCUGGGAACUACAUCGGCAUCACGCUGCGGCUGCGGAAGGACCCGCUGACCUUUGAGGUGUUCACCGCCGAGCGCCUGGGGAAGUACAGCUCCGACGACAGCAUCACGUCACUGGCCGAGUUCGUGGUGCAGAAGAUCUCCCCCCGACAUCAGGAGCCCGUGAAGCGCAUCCUGGCUCUGACGGAGACAUGCCUGGUGGAGCGAGACCCCGCCUCCUACAACAUCGUCACCAUCAAGCCUUUUGGAGAGGUCUUUGCACUGAUCUGCGACGUGGAGAACCCCCAGAUCUUCACAGUGGAGUUCAUCAGGGGCCAGAUCAGAAAGUUCUCCUCCACAGAGAGAGACGCCCUGCUGGCCAGUCUGCUGGACGGCGUGCGGGCGUCGGGGAACCGGGAUGUGUGUGUGAAGAUGGCGUCCACCCAGCGGGGCCAGCGCUGGGGCCUGCUGAGCCUGCCCGUGGACGAGGAGGUGGAGAGUCUGCACCUCAAGUUCCUGGCAGCGCCCCCUAACGGGAACUUUGCGGACGCCGUGUUUCGCUUCAACGCCAACGUCUCUUACAGCGGAGUCCUCCACGCCGUCACACAGGACGGCCUGUUCUCGGAGAACAAGGAGAAGCUGAUCAACAACGCCAUCCUGGCCCUGCUGUCCCAGGACACGGAGCUGCCGGGGCCCAACACCGAGCUGGAGAGCCACUUCCAGGCCAUCCGCCGCCUGGUCGCCUCCAAGGCCGGCUUCCAGGCCUUCACACAGCUGCCAAAGUCUGUCCACGGGGCGGGAGCCACUGAUGGAACGUUCAGGGAAAAGCUGGGUGUGAAGACGGUGAAGGCUUUGAAGCGAAACAAUAACAGCGUGACCCACGCCGCCAUAGACAUGCUCUGUGCUCUGAUGUGUCCCAUGCACGACGACUAUGACCUGCGUCAGGAGCAGUUGAACAAGGCCUCCCUGCUGUCCUCCAAGAAGUUCCUGGAGAACCUGCUGGAGAAGUUUAUCAGCAACGUGGACCACGGCACCGGGGCCCUGGUCAUCAGCUCCCUGCUGGACUUCCUGACCUUUGCCCUCUGCGCGCCCUACAGUGAGACCACGGAGAGCCAGCAGUUUGACAUGCUGCUGGAGAUGGUCGCCUCCAACGGACGCACCCUCUUCAAGCUCUUCCAGCACCCGUCCAUGGCCAUCGUGAAGGGAGCCGGUCUGGUGAUGAAAGCCAUCAUUGAGGAGGGAGACAAGAACAUUGCCACUAAGAUGCAGGAGCUGGCUCUGAGUGAGGGAGCCCUGCCCAGACACCUGCACACCUCCAUGUUCACCAUCAGCUCUGACCAGAGGAUGCUGACCAACAGACAGCUGAGUCGCCACCUGGUGGGUCUCUGGACGGCGGAGAACCCCACCGCCAUGAACCUGCUGAAGAGGAUUCUGCCCACCGGCCUGCUGGCUUACCUGGACAGCCCUGACCCCGUCCCUGAGAAGGACACGGACAGGAUGCACAUCCGGGACAACCUCAAGAUCGCCACGGACCAGAUGGGCCGGGUCAAGGUUCCCGACUGGCAGCGCAUGGCGGGCAAGGCGGCCAAGGAGGUGGAGAAGUUUGCCAAGGAGAAGGCCGACAUCGUUCUGAUGCACUGGAGGGACAAGAUGGGCAUCGUGAAGAAGGAGCAGGACAGGAAUAACCUGAAUCCCAACCAGAAGCCUGUCAUCUUGCGGAAGAGGAGACAGAGAAUCAAGAUAGAAUCCAACUGGGAGCUGUUCUACUACAAGUUCCAGCUGGACCACGCCCGCUCCAACCUGAUCUGGAACCUGAAGACGCGGGAGGAGCUCCGUGACGGCCUGGAGGGGGAGAUGAGGGCCUUCAGCGUGGACCGCGAGCUGGGCAGCGCCAGCGUCAUCUCCUGGAACCACCAGGAGUUUGAGGUGCGGUACGAUUGCCUUGCGGACGAGAUCAAGAUCGGAGAUUAUUACCUUCGCCUUCUGCUGGAGGAGGACGAGAACGACGAGUCCAGCGGCAUCAAGAGAUCGUAUGAGUUUUUCAACGAGCUGUACCACCGCUUCCUGCUCACCCCCAAGGUGUCCAUGAAGUGUUUGUGUCUGCAGGCGCUGGCCAUCGUCUACGGGAAGUGCUGUGAGGAGAUCGGACCCUUCAUCGACACCAAGUACAUCAUCGGCAUGCUGGACAGAUGUACGGACCGACUGGAGCGGGACAGAAUCAUUCUCUUCAUCAACAAACUUAUCCUCAACAAGAAAAACGUGAAGGAGGUGAUGGACUCCAACGGGGUGCGGAUCAUGGUGGACCUCCUCACCCUGGCCCACCUCCACACCAGCAGGGCCACGGUCCCACUACAGACCAACGUUAUCGAGGCGUCCGCGGACAUGAAGAGAGAGAGUGAGAAGGAGUGGUACUUCGGCAACGCAGACAAGGAGAGGAGAGGGCCCUUCAGUUAUGAAGAGAUGCAGGAGUUCUGGAGCGCGGGCGUGCUAACCGCUAAGACGAGGUGCUGGGCGCAGGGCAUGGACGGCUGGCGCCCCCUGCAGGCCAUCCCUCAGCUCAAGUGGUGUCUCCUAGCAACAGGCCAGGCGGUGAUGAAUGAGACGGACCUGGCCACACUCAUCCUCAACAUGCUGAUCAGCAUGUGCUCCUACUACCCAAGCAGGGACCAGGACAACGCCAUCAUCCGCCCGCUGCCCAAGAUCAAGAGGCUGAUCAGCGACAACACCUGCCUGCCUCACAUCGUCCAGCUGCUCUUGACCUUCGACCCCAUCCUGGUGGAGAAGGUGGCCAACAUGCUCUACCUGGUGAUGCAGGACAACCCCAACCUCCAGCGCCUGUACCUCACCGGGGUCUUCUUCUUCAUCAUGAUGUACACCGGCUCCAACGUGCUGCCCGUCGCCAGGUUCCUGAAAUACACUCACCUCAAACAGGCCUUCAAGUCCGAGGAGUCCAAAGGGCAGGACAUUGUGCAGCGCAGCGUGCUGGGCCCGGUGCUGCCCGAGGCCAUGGUGUGCUACCUGGAGAACUACGAGGCCGAGCGCUUCUCGGAGAUCUUCCUGGGGGAGUUUGACACGCCCGAGGCCAUCUGGAGCAGCGAGAUGAGGCGUCUCAUGAUCGAGAAGAUCGCCGCCCACCUGGCGGACUUCAGCCCGCGGCUGCAGAGCAACACGCGGGCCCUGUACCAGUACUGCCCCAUCCCCGUGGUCAGCUACCCCCAGCUGGACAACGAGCUCUUCUGUAACAUCUACUACCUCAGGCACCUCUGUGACGCUGUGCGCUUCCCCGGCUGGCCCAUCCGAGACCCGGUGAAACUACUAAAGGACACCCUGGAGGCGUGGAAGAGAGAGGUGGAGAAGAAACCUCCGUCCAUGUCUGUAGACGAAGCGUAUGAGGUCCUCAACCUGCCCAAAGGACAGGGACAGCAUGAUGAGAGUAAGAUCAGGAAGGCCUACUUCCGCCUGGCCCAGAAGUACCACCCUGACAAGAACCCAGAGGGCAGGGAUAUGUUUGAGAAAGUGAACAAGGCCUAUGAGUUCCUGUGCACCAAGUCGGCCCGCAUCGUAGACGGGCCCGACCCGGAGAACAUCAUCCUCAUCCUGCAGGCCCAGAGCAUCCUCUUCAACCGCUACAAGGAAGAACUGGAGCCCUACAAGUACGCCGGAUACCCCAUGCUCAUCAAAACCCUCAUCAUGGAGACCAGCGACGUCCAGCUGUUCUCAAAGACCUCGCCGCUGCUGCCCGCGGGCACGGAGCUGGCCUUCCACACGGUCAACUGCUCCGCCCUGAACGCAGAGGAGCUACGGCGGGAAGAGGGCAUCGAGGUGUUGCUGGAGGCGUUCUCCAGGUGUGUGGCCGUUCUCACAGCCUCCAGUAAGCCAGGAGACAUGUCUGUCCAGGUGUGCGGGCACAUCUGUAAGUGUUACAGCGUGGCGGCUCAGUUCGAGGAGUGCCGGGAGAAGAUCAUAGAGCUGCCCAACAUCAUCAGAGACCUCUGUCACCUGCUCUACUACGGCAAGGGUCUCCCCCGGACCGCCGCCCUGGCCGUGCAGUGCGUCAGCUCCUUUGCGGUGGACUUCUUCCUGCAGACCCACCUGUACCACGCGGGCGUGCUGUGGCACCUGCUGGUCUACCUCUUCAACUACGACUUCACGCUGGAGGAGGGCGGUGUGCAGGCCAGCCUGGACUCCAACCAGCAGGAGGUGGCCAACAGCCUCGCCAGGAUCAGCCUGGUGGCUCUGGGCCGCCUGGGGGGCUACGCCCAGCUGAAGCCCCCCCCCAGCCCCGGCGACGGAGCAGCCCCGGAGACCAACGGGGUGGACGCCACGCCUCCGGAGAACCCCACCAUCCGCAAGAGCCUGGCGGCCAUGUUGACGCCGUACGUGGCCCGCCGGCUGGGCUCGGGGACCCCCGCCGAGGUGUUGAAGCUGCUGAACAGUAACUCUGAGAACCCCUACCUGAUCUGGAACAACGGGACGCGGGCGGAGCUCCUGGAGUUCCUGGAGGAGCAGCAGCGGGAGAACAUCCACAUGGGAGAGAACGACAAGACCUUUGGCUCUGAGUUUGUGUUCAGUGACCACAGCAAGGAGCUGAUCGUGGGGGAGAUCUUCGUCCGGGUCUACAACGAGCAGCCUUCCUAUCCCCUUGAGUUCCCCAAGGCGUUCGCCGCCAGCCUGCUGGACUACGUGGGCUCCCAGGCCCAGUACCUGUACACCCUGCUGGCCAUGAGCCAGAGCAACAAGGUGGAGUCCCAGCAGCACGCCGAGCGCCUCCGCUUCGCCGAGAUGGCCCUGGAGGCGCUGCGCAACGUCAUCAAGAACAACCCAGGUUCAGAAACGGAGUGCAUCGGACACUUUAAGCUGCUCUUCUCCUUGUUACGCGUCCACGGAGCUGGCAAGGUUCAGCAGCUUGCUUUAGAGGUGGUCAACACGGUGACGUCCAACCAGGAGUGUGUGAGCAACAUCUCUGAGUCCCUGGUCCUCUCCAACCUGCUGGUCCUCCUCCACUCUCUGCCCUCCAGCCGCCAGCUGGUGCUGGAGACUCUGUAUGCCUUGACCUCAAACACAAAGAUAGUCAAAGAGGCUAUGGCCAAAGGUGCUCUGAUCUACCUGCUGGAUCUCUUCUGUAACUCCACCCACCCCCAGGUACGCUCCCAGACGGCAGAACUCUUCUCCAAGAUGACCUCAGACAAGCUAGUCGGUCCCAAGGUGCGUCUGACGCUGAUCCGCUUCCUGCCCGGCGUGUUCAUGGACGCCAUGCGGGACAACGCCGAGGCGGCCGUGCACAUCUUCGAGGGGACGCACGAGAACCCCGAGCUCAUCUGGAACGACGGCUCCCGCGAGACCGUCUCCACCACCGUGCGGGAGAUGAUGCUCGAUCACUUUAAACAGCAGAAGGAUAACCCUGAUGUCAACUGGAGGCUGCCGGAGGAGUUCACGGUUGCAUACGGGGCGGGACAGGGGGAGCUGGAGGUGGGCGGGGUCUUCCUGCGUAUCUUCAUCGCCCAGCCCGGCUGGGUACUGAGGAAGCCCAGAGAGUUCCUGGUCUCUCUGCUGGAGACCAUCACGGAGCUGCUGGAGAAGAACAACCCCAAUGGAGAGGCCCUGGAGACGGUUACCACGGCAGCAGUGUGUCUGUUCAGCACGCAGGGCCAGCUGGCCGACCAGGUCCCUCCUCUGGGCCACCUGCCGCGCAUCCUGGCCGCGCUCAACCACCGCAACAACGCCAUCCCCAAGAGCGCCAUCCGCCUGCUGCACGUCCUGUCGGACAAUGAGCUGUGCGUGCGGUCGAUGGCGGCGCUGGAGACCAUCGGGCCCCUGAUGAGUGGCAUGAGGUCGCGGGCCGACAUGGCGGGGCUCGCCUGCGAGGCCCUCAACCGCAUGUUCCAGAAGGAGCAGACCGACCUCGUUGCACAGGCCUUGAGGGUGGAGCUGGUCCCCUACCUCCUGAAGCUGCUGGAGGGCAUCGGUCUGGAGACGCUGGACAACCCCUCCGCCACCAAGGCCCAGAUCGUCAAGGCCCUCAAGUCCAUGUCGCGCAGCCUGCAGUAUGGAGAGCAGGUGAACGAGAUCCUGGCCAGGUCCAGUGUGUGGAGCGCCUUCAAAGACCAGAAACACGACCUGUUCAUCUCUGAAUCGCAGACGGCCGGGUAUCUCACAGGGGUGUCCACUCCUUCUCUCCUGGCCGCCAGCAGCCCCCUGCGCGGCGGUCUAUAGACUCCUGAGCUGGCCUCAGUUGCUCUGAAGCAGGUCCAGGAGUAGCGGGCUACCUUACGGCCGGGACGGGCACCACAGUCAUGCCCAAUGUCCCGCCCCCUGUGGACAACGACAUUGGGGACCUGGGUUGACGGAAUCACGGACAAAAUCCCGCUCAGGCGCCCGGACCAGCCCCCCCCCCCCCCCCCCCCUGGCCCAGCGGCGGCGGACUCCCACAGAGAGAGAGAGAGAGAGAGAGAGAGGGAGAGCGACUGCCCGGCUCCCCCUAAACCAACCAGGGGGAGGAGAGAGAGGGAGACCCAGGUGGGCGGAGCUACGUCUCGACGGGGGGCGAGGCUACGUUCCAGACGAGCGGCGGUUGUCGCAGAAAAUGUCCGCAGCACUUUCUCAUGUUUCUCUCUCUCCUACUCUCCCCCUCCCCUCCAAAAAAACAGUACAGCACUCAAGUCUUGACGAAACACUUUCUAAUUGUUUUUAGACAAUGAACCCGUUUUUUGUUUGUUUACUUUUAAUUUGUCCUUUUUUCUGCAUCUUUAUCGGUUCCUUUCACCAGGACAAAAAAUUGUUUACUUUUUGUAUGAAUAUAUUUUUUACUGUUGAUUUUUCCUUUCUUCCUUUCUUGCCGUGGGACAAAGACAUUGAAAGACUGAAGAUUGUUAUUAGAGACCUGCUGUCCCUCUCAUUCUGAAUGAGAGGGAUAGCAUUCAGUUUGUCGUGAGGGAGGGCGGGUCUAGCAGACCCACUCGUCAAAUCCAUUGACAAGCCUUUCCAGAAAUCACUGACUCUUCUACCAAUGAUAACAUUUCAUUAACAUGUUUGUAAAGUUGUAUUGGACCAUUGUUUGUGAGUGGGGACAAGCUGGAGUCUGUUUUGAUUGGAUGAUUUUCCUGCACACUGUUUCCUUUCAAGAUGAGUUGUGAUAGCCUGAUAGCCGGUCCAGCCAGGGGCUUGGAUGCUUUAUUAAAUCCACCACCUACUCGGGCCCUUCCUUGUUAGCCGCCACCGAAUCAACGUUAACGUCAUGAUUCUAUUGAUUCAUCCCUCACUCCCUCUCUGAUUCCAAGACCCCCCGUCAACCUCCUCAUUCUCCCCCCCCCCCCCCCUCCCCCAGAAUGCAAAAAGCACUAGAACAGAAUUUAACUAGGUGAUCGAAAAACAGUCCUCUGGGUGGAGUCACUGACCCACUCGGAUAAUGAACCUAUGUGAAACACACUAGUGCAAUUUGUGAGAUGUUUGAUGUAAUAUUACGUAUAUAAACUUUCUAUAUUGAAUGUACAUUAAAAAAAUGAAUAAAUCAGUCGCACUUGUACAUACAAAUUUUAAGAAUAAAAGGGAAGCCACAGUGUU